GUUGUAUCCAUACUCCAGAGCUUUCGAACACUGGAGGAAUCACUCCAAUCGACGUCCGAAGCUUUUCUUCUCUGUAGAACGUGAGUUUGAAACAUGAGCCGCCAUGAAUCGGGCAAAGGCAAGCCUUACAUCACUCAGACUCCUUAGCUCGCUCCUCUCCAUAGGGUCUCCCGCAACUCGGCUUCUCGCCAGUCAGGUCAUUCACUUCUCUCGCUCUAUUUCCCAUCCAUCUUUUUACAGUUCCCACUUCCUCUGUCCCCAUCAAAAGCUGUUCUUCUCGUCGAAAUCAAACACGGUCGCGGACCACCUACUGGCAAACGAUUGGUCUGAUGAGUUCGAACGCGAGUUAGAAAAAUUGAAUCAACCGCUGACCCACGAAACAGUUAUUUACAUUUUCAAGAAAAAACUCGAUAAAGACCCAGAAAAGGCCUCGGGUUUUUUCAACUGGGUCUGUGAGAAAACUGGGUUUAGACCCAGUUAUUCGGUGUAUAGCGUAAUGCUUAGGAUUUUGGUAAACAAACGGUCAAUGAAGCAGUUUUGGAUCACACUAAGGAAAAUGAAAGAGCACGGGUUUUAUGUCGAUAAGGACACCUAUUUGAGAAUUUUGGGGCAGUUAAAGAAGGCGAAGAUGCCUGGUGAUGCCGCGGCUUUGAGCCAUUUUUAUAAUAGUAUGCGUGUAGAGAAUGCCAGGGAGAAUUUUGUGAAGAAGGUGGUUCAUAUUGUUUUGGAGUCAGAGUGGAGUGAUGAGGUUGAACUUGAAUUGGGGGAGCUCAAAAUUUUGUUAUGCAAUAACUUUAUGAUACGUAUAUUUAAGGAACUUCGUAAUUACCCUUCGAAAGCUUUGAAAUUUUUUCAUUGGGCAGGCCACUGUAAUGGUUAUGAACACAACACAAUGUCUUAUAAUGCUAUUGCUAGGGUUCUUGGUAGGGAAGAUUCAAUUGAGAUGUUUUGGAGUGUUGUUGAGGAGAUGAAGAAUGUGGGUCAUGAGAUGGAUUUUAACACUUACAUAAAGAUUUCAAGGCAGUUUCUGAAAAACAAGAUGAUGGAGGAUGCGGUGAAGCUUUACGAGUUUAUGAUGGAUGGUCCAUUUAAGCCCUCGGUUCAGGACUGCGGCAUGCUUUUGAGAAGCAUAUCAGCUGGGGAUAACCCAAAUUUGGACUUGGUGUUUAGAGUUGCGAAGAAUUAUGAGUCAACGGGGCAUACUCUCUCCAAAGCCGUUUACGAUGGGAUUCAUAGGUCGUUGACAAAUGCAGGGAGGUUUGAUGAGGCAGAAAAUAUUAUGAAGGUCAUGAGAAAUGCAGGGUAUCCACCUGAUAACAUUACAUACAGCCAGGUGGUUUUCGGACUUUGUAAGGCAGGUAGGUUUGAAGAAGCUUGUAAGGUGCUGGAUGAUAUGGAAGCACAAGGAUGCCUUCCAGAUAUUAAGACUUGGACCAUUUUGAUUCAAGGACUCUGUGCAGCCAAUGAGGUUGAAAUGGCACUAAUGUGUUUGGCAAAGAUGAUAGAGAGGAACUAUGAGGUCGAUGCUGAUCUGUUGGAUGUCAUAUUAAAUGGUUUCCUUACUCAGAAGAAAAUAGAUGGCGCAUACAAAUGGCUUGUGGGGAUGGUGAAGGAGUCACGCGUACGACCUUGGCAAGCUACAUAUAAAUAUAUGAUCGAAAAUCUUUUUAGCGUAAGGAAACUUGAAGAAGCACUGAACCUGCUUCAUUUGAUGAAGAAGCAAAAUUACCCACCUUUCCCAGAACCCUUUGUCCAAUAUAUUUCAAAGUUUGGGACUGUGGAAAAUGCCCUGGAAUAUUUGAAGGCAUUGAGUGUGAAGGAAUAUCCAUCCUCUUCUGCUUACCUUCAUGUUUUCAAAUCAUUCUUCCAAGAAGGGAGACAUUCUGAGGCCAAGGAUCUCCUUUGCAAGUGCCCUCAUCAUAUUCGUACACAUGGUGAAAUCGCCGAACUUUUUAGUUCCACAGGGAACAGCAAUGUGAUUUCGUGACCCUUAUACCAUGAGGAGUAAAUUCUCUCUUACAGUCAAAGUUGUUCAAUACAAUGGAGGAAGUUAUUUAGGUGAAGAUUUUCUGGAGUUCAUAACUAAAUUCCUCUUUGUAGUUAUGAGGUUCUGGUGGGUGUUUCAUGAAAGUUAUUACUAUGACCAGUAAAAUUAUACGGUUUGUGCA